GCGGCGCUCCAAUCUGGACACACUAACAUGAGCACGCCGUUCCCUCAGCUUCCCACGGGUCCUGUCAGAGUUUAGAUCCAGCACCAUCCGGACCUGUAUGGCCCCAUCGACUGCCAUGUCAUCUUUGACCGCCGGUGUGAAAACGGAAGAGCUCAGUCCCCGCUCGGUUCUCGUCAACAGAAGCGAAAUGCAGACCAGUCUGAGUCCCGCAGAGGACGCCGGGAAGCCCAAAGUCGCGAUCCUGCCUUUCAGCGUGGAGGCGCUGAUGGCAGACAGGAAGCCCAGCAGAGAGGUGCCAUCUCCGGACGGCGCGGCCGGGACGUCCCAGGCGCUGGGGAAGGGGACGCGGAUGGGCUCGUUUUCUGUUUUGGAUACGUCUGUUCCUGCUGCUCUACCCAUCAGCUCCGCCUUUUCAGUGGGAGACAUCAUGAACAUGUCCGAGGAGGCGCUGAUUAACCCCGAAAGUCCGGAUAGUAACGAGAGGAGUUCGUGGAUACAGAGUCCGCGGUUUUCCCCCACCCCUCCGCGACGCCUGAGUCCUCCUGCCUGUCCGCUGCGCAAACACAAGACCAACAGAAAGCCCCGGACUCCCUUCACCACGUCCCAGCUGCUCGCCCUGGAGAGGAAGUUCCGCCAGAAGCAGUACCUCUCCAUCGCCGAGCGCGCAGAGUUCUCUAGCUCCCUCAACCUAACAGAGACCCAAGUCAAAAUCUGGUUUCAGAACCGGAGAGCCAAAGCCAAGCGUCUCCAGGAGGCAGAGCUGGAAAAACUGAAAAUGGCAGCCAAGCCGAUGCUGCCUCCAGCUUUCGGGAUUUCCUUUCCUCUUGGUGCGCACGUCCCCGCGUCGUACGCCGGCACGCACCCGUUUCAAAGGCACUCGCUGCCGGUGUCUCCGGUGGGACUGUACGCGGCUCACAUGGGAUACAGUAUGUACCACCUGGCUUGACUGGGACAGCUGGACUCACAGGGGUUAGGACUGCUUUUGAGGGCCCCUUUAAGAGAACUGCGGGCCCUUUUGGAGAGGUGAGGUUACACUGAGCAUCCAGAGAAGGUCAGUGUCACGUCAGGUCAGUGGCCGGGGGCACGGCCUCCGACCCAUUAGAGGACUUUGUUUUUCUCCUGUCCUCACCAGUAAGUUCACACACUGCAAAAAAUAAAAAUAAACAAACAAAUAAACAGUCAUUUAUUCUGAGGUCCUGUUGGAGGGUAGAUGACUUGAUGUCUGCAUUGUAGAGAUGGAAACUUUUUAAAACGGACACCAGUGGGUCUGCUUCUUCACAGGCUGCCUUCAGACAGGUCAAAGGUCACAGGGCUCUUUUUCACAGACUUGUUGCUCAUAUUUUGUAAACUUGAGGGCCUCCAUGGCGGCUGCAAACCCAAACCUUCCAUUUUUCCUUGCAUCCAAAUCGUGCAGAACCACAGCAUUCUUAAAAUAUUACUUUUUUUAUUUGAACAACAGCACUGUCUGUUAGAUUGAUUCCCUUCAGAAGGGAAAUGUGUACUGUACAAUAAUGUAUAUUUGAAAAGUAUCCUCAUUUAUAUUCUGAAUAUAUUUGUGACAUAACUUAAUAAAUUGUUUAUCCUUUUUUCACAAA